AAUAUAGUGACCGCCGCAGUGGCAACGCGACAACGCGGAGAAACACGCGCAUUGUACGAUACGACGUGGCCACCGCACGAACGCAUCGCACACGCGCCGAAUACAGUUAUUAUAAUACUAUAUUAUAUUAUCUACGUGAACACGCCGCGCAUUUAAUAACAAUAACAACGAUAUGAUGACAAUAAUAAUAUAAAAAAUUAAUUUAUGUGGGCCGAAGACGAGGACGGAAUGUUCGAUUGGUCGCGUUGACAGAUACACACACACACACACACACACAUAUAUAUAAUAUGUACUGCGGCAAUUGUACAUAAGUACCUCUAUAUAUAAUAUAGAUACGCACUCGCACGAGGUAGGUACGUACCUACAUACGAUUGUCGCUUCUCCGGCAGCAGCACACGCGCUAUUGUCAUUUGUCAUUCAUACGUGCGCGAAAGUGAUUUGAGUGAAUGUACACGUUCGUUUGACGAUGACCCGGUAACCACGCGGUGAAUCAUAAUCGACUGUAUAUUACUUAUAAUAUAAUAAUAUAAUAUGGCGACGAGUGCCAAAAAGCCGGCAGACAUGUUAUAGCAGUCCGCGGUGGUCCGUCCGGAGCAAGUCGCAUCAUCGUCGCACAUCGUCCGCGCUAAAUUUCCGGUUGUGGUGGUGUUUUGAACAAAUCAUUUUUUCGCCAUUCCACAACGACUCCGUAGAUACUGCUACUACCACUACUACCACUACUAUCAAUAAUAUUAAUUAAAAUCCGCCGCGUUCGACCGUUCGUGUUGCGCACCUGCACCGCCAUGCGCCGAAACUUCCGCGACGGCCAGUGAUCGCCAUGCGGUGGACCGGGCUCUGUAUCGUGCCGUUGCUUCUGCACGCGGCGGCGACGUUGGUGUCGGGAUGCUGCGAUGCUGCCAGUGAUGUCCAGCCAGCGGAUUACCGGGGCGAUGACCGAGUCGCCGCGCCGGGACCAAUGGGAUUGCGGUCGAUGAUCGCGCGUGCUCUGAGCCGCGUACGCGAAUCGACGCACGACCGUCGGCUGGCGGGCGACUUGUGGCUGGAAACGGUCGACUCCGAUCGCCGUGCCACAGGUGGAUUGACGGUGGCGUCGGGGUCUUUGCCCGACGACCUCGUGGCUCAAGCAGACGCCGUUUUCGACAACCAUCGGCUAUCCUGGCGCAACGCUGUUGUCCGAGGGCUGGACUUGAACGUCUACAAGGAUCGAGAGCAGCAGCGAUACGUACUCGGCGUAACUCGACGCACCGACGAUUCGCAAAGUUCCGUCACUCGGACUUUCGGCGUAGGACCCCGACGGAUGCAACUGUUCUUCAUGUUACCGAUGAUGUACAAAAUGGGCGUGAUCACCACGCUGUUGAUCGGUUUGGUCGUGCUUACCCUCAAGGGGGUGACCAUCGGAGUGAUACUGCUUAUCAUAGCCUUGACCGGUUUAGUGGCCAAGCUGUCCAAGUCCCACAAUCCCUACGUGUCACCGAUGCCUGCAUUUUCGGCCUGGUCUGGAUACCAUCACGACCCUUACGACCGUUCAUCGCAACUGCAAUCACCGCCGCCCCCUUCGCAAGACAAAAACAUACACGUGCACGUGCACACCGCGCCCGGUCAUGUGCCGCCAGCAGUCGGCUACUCGCCCCCCGGUCCUGUGCCGUCGGCGGUCAGCUACUCGCACGGUCCUGGGCCGUCAGCAGGUGGCUACUCGCACGGUCCUGUGCCGUCGGCGGUCAACUAUGCGAAGGUAUCACCGCUGCAACUGGCCGAUGACGAUGACGACGACAACAAUUAUUAUUAUAACGGUGGCGGCGGCGGCGGAGCGUAUUGGAAUCGCGCGGGCGAGGAAUACUACGACGCCGCCGCGAUGAAGCAUCGAGGCGACAACCACCUGCAACUGGGCGCCGAGUCAACGACUGCCAGCAAUAGUGUCUAUCACCGGUGGUUAGGAUAACCGAUAUCAUAAUACAGUGAAACCUCUGAAUACCGGACACUCUCUGUCGCUGAAAUUGUGUCUAUUGCUCGAGAAGAUACUGUACGCCAUGUCGCCAUUCAGAGGAUUCAUUCUAUUGAUAGCUUGUAGUUUGUUCUCAAAAAAACGUCAGGUAUUUAGAUGUGUAAGUUAGGGGAGGUUUUACUGUAUUAUUAUAUCUAAACUAUAUCGAUAUAAUUAUAUGAUGCGUACGACACGCUUAUUACGCAAGGUGCCUGCCCUCUUUCCAGACAAAUGGAAAAACGUUUCCGUAUAAAUAUUGUAAACAUAAUAUUAUACAAUAUUGCUAUUAAUUUUUUAUAUUAUAUUAUUUAACCGUAGCUACCUAUUAGAUGAGUUGUAACGGUAGUAGUUACUAUCACCGAAAUACUAUAAAUUACCAUGCUUGGGCACGUUACAAAACACAAUAUCUGAAGGGGAGGUACAAUAAAAGGAGACAAAUAAAAGUUUUCAAAUUAAAUCGUCCACGGCCGUGGCAAAAAAAUAAUUUUUUGAGAACAUUUUAAUCUCUUUCACCCCGGGGCCUCCGCCACACACGCUGUUUUCGUGCCUGACCAUGCGUAAUUCUUACAUACUUGGUUUGCCAAUUAAACUACUUAGCAGAAUACUAUAGAGAAUAAUUAUUAGUUAUUAUAGAAAUAUAGACUAGCUGUUUCCUAUAGUUAUAAGUACCUAGGUAUUAACACUUCUUAUACCGCAAUAAACAAACCAAAACUAUUAUACUAUAGUAUCCGUUAUUACUAAAUAUUUUACUGUUCAAAAUAUCCACACUCAAUUAAGUUAAUAUUAAAAUAAAUUUACGAAUACGACACCUAAUUUAUUGUAAAAAUGAAAUUCUGUCUUUUCAAUUAAAUUGUACAAAUGAUUUGCAAUCUACGUCUGGUGAGCUUAUACUAGAACAUGAAACAUAAGUAUUUAAUGUUUAAAAUAUUUAUAAUACAAUGUAAUUUUUGUGUAAAAGACAGUAGACUCAUUAUUUGAUCUGAAAAUGGAAAAAUGAUAUAUUACUACUA